AUUUUAUUUGUCAAAUGACACUUCCGGCAUGGUGAUAGCAAGCAACGGGGUUACUUAUGCAAACAAAUGACACUUAGUAGCUGAACUGAAUGGAAAACGAAUGUAUAUUGAAAUGAAUUCAGCAUGUUUUCAAUCAAGAACAAGAACAAUACAUAUAUAAUAAAGUUCCAUGAUGGAGACAGAAGCUGCCAAAGAGGAUGACAUGGUUGACCGUAAAGCAAAAGCUAAUCUGACUUACCUGGGAUAUUUGCCUAGUGUAGUAUUAGUUGUAGCAUUAGGUUUGGGACUGUACACACAAUGGCAGUUUACACAGAACAAUGUGAUUCUAGGAUUUGCCAUACUUGGAUUUUUCAUUUUUGCAGUCUCCUGUGCUUUGCGAUAUUACUUUAACUUUGAACUUAUUGGACAAACAUUAUUACAUAUAUGGCUAGGAUGUAUACUUGGCAUAAUAAUAUUUGCAGAUCAAAAAGAGAUAGAGUUUGUAAUGUCACAAGAAGUGACAAAUGUUUUGUUGGUAACAAGUGCUGUAUUAACAUGGUGUUGGAAUCUGUUAGAGAGGAUGUUACAUUUAGUCAAACAUGAAGCAAAGAUGUUUACAACAGUACAAAUUCUAGAAAGUAUUGGAUUAAUGAUCUCAACACUUGUAACUGGAAAAGAUGCCUUAUCUUUUUCACUUUUGGUGCUUGCAUUUAAUGUAAAUUUAGCGUCUAUUAGACUAAAAUCAUUCCUAGGAUUACUGAGUUUUAUAGCAAUGGUGUGUGUUUCUGUUUUUGUGAUUUUUCAGGAGGUUGGGUUGUCAGGAAACUUUUAUGGACUAGCCUGUUUUGCAGCAAGGCAUUCCUUUGAACCAUUUAUUGAUUUAUAUUUUUCUGGUUUAACAACACUUCAAAGAUGGCAAGGAUUUUUUAAUCUUUCCAAAUUUUUAAGAUACAUUUUCGUUCUUGUUGUAUUUGCCUUUAACAUUGCUACUGGUGCUGUGAUUGGCAAAUUGUCAGCCACUCACAAAGAGUGGUACAUUGUUGUACCUUUAACUGUUGUCUUUGCCUGUAUCUGGCUGUGUUUUCAUUUGACGUACUUUAUAACAUGCUGGAAACUGAUGUCCAAAAUCACUGAAUGCAAUCUUACAUAUAACAGCUUGACUGACGAGCGUAAGAAUAUGAGCAGAAUAAUGGCUUCAAAAGGAGUUCGCCAUUUCAGUUUGAUUUCACAAAGACUCAUCUGUAUAACUUUGUUGACUACAGUUCUACUUGGAGGAUUAGGAUGGGAAACCAGAAAGUCAUACAGUUUAGGAAUGAUAUUGCUGGUACUUCCAAUAGAAUGUAUGACACUUAGUUUGUUCUGGUACCUUGGCGAUAAUCUUGGUGGCACAGCAACAGGCUAUGCUGUUAUUGCUCCUGUAACUGGUCAUAAGAGAGGAUCUAGGGUAAAUAUUAUGUCACAAGAGGCAAUGCAAGAUAUGGGGACAAGGGCAACAACCACUUUGAACAAAGUCAGUUAUUUCUUCAACUAUCACAUGAUAGACAACUAUGGCUGUGAUUACUCAACAAGUGGGCUAGCAAUUGACUAUUUAGAGUCUAAACUGAAGGCCUUCUUUGACAGAAGAAUGUCAGAUGGACCAAAGUAUGACUCUUAUAUCUUGUAUUUCAGUGGAGAUGUAUAUGAAAAUGGUGAAUGGGCUUUAUCUGAUAAUAGUGGCUUGAAACUAGAGACUUUGUUAGAAUGGUGGGCAUCUAAAAACUCAGGUUGUGGUACCAGAUUAAUCUUGAUUCUAGAUACAACACAUUCCUAUAUGUGGGCAAAAGAUGUUCAGAGAGUUUGGGGAGAAUAUGUUGCAAUACAAACUUGUACAUUCCAGAAAUCCAAGGACAUAGAAUUUGGUAACUGUGCUCAAGUUGGAACUUUUACACAAGAUUAUGUACAUUUUAAUGCUGAGGCAGAAAUUUUCCCUGGAUGGUCAGCGAAAGAGAGAACAGUGAAAGCAGUAUAUAAAGUUUCUAAAUGUUGGACAGAUUUCACAUUCCAUUUACCAACAGUAGAUGAAAUAUAUAAUCAUUGGGAUAGUAGCUUCCCAAGAUGUAUGAAGCCUUUGAUAAAAGCUGUGAAUAUUGGAGGUACAGGAAGCCUUUGCUUCUGUUGUCACUGUCUAACAAGGUGUUUGAAAAGGAAGCGAAUGAAAUGGCUUCCUCCAAAGCAAAUUGAUACUGGACAUGGCUUUAAAUUAAUUAGAUCAUAGCUGUGAUUUAUAUGUGCCAUAAUGUCAUUCAGAGUGUUUGGUUUCUAAUGCUUUAUUAAUGUUUCUCAAAAAUCAACAAUUUUCUAUCAGCAUUUCCUUUGUCAAUUUCAAAAAUUUAUUUUGCUCAGAAAUUCGAAGGGGAAAUGUAAUUGUUACAAAUCUUCAGUGUGUGCUGUUAUCCUUAACAGAAAGAAAAUGUAAAAUGACAAAUUAUAAGUUAAAAAGACAGAAUUGAAUUAAAACCAUCAAAUCAUGUUUUUGAAAAUACAACAGCAAGAAGACAGAAUAUUAUUUUGAACUGCAUAAUUAAUUAAUUCUUAAGUUGAUGUACAAAAUACUCUGUUCAUUAUAAGUAAGGAGGUGCAUAAGUAUAUAUAUUGUGUACAAAUUAUAAUUGGUAUCGAAUUUCGGUACAAGAUCAUCAUUAUUUUGUCAAACUUUUGUGAACUUCAAAAUAUAAUAUGAUAAACUGGGCACACUGUCUUUGAUUUGGCUUAUAACAACCAUAUGACUGCAUGCUUCAAUCAUAUGCAUAACACUGAUUCAAAGUUUAUAACAAUCACCAAAAGAUAUUUUGAUGACAUUUGUCCCAAUCCGGUGUCCUUAUUUGCAGAAUAUGCCGAAGAGGAUAAGGCUAAAUGUAAGGUUAAAAUAUGUUAAUCAGGGGCUGAUCCAGCCAUUUUUAAAAGGGGGGUUCCAACCAUAUGCCCCCAUUCUAAAGCAUUGAUUGUCAAAAAAAGGGGGGGGUUUCAACCCCCAGAACCCCCCCCUGGAUCCACCACUGUUAAUUUUCAAAUUAUUCAUGGUAAAUAAUGGUUAAAUUAUAAAAUUGUAACACCUGGUGAACUUGUACACAGUAUAUACACUAGUUAAACAAUAAAUUAUCAACAACAACAAAAAUAUCAUGUUGAAAUACAUAUUUCUAUUGUGCCUAUUUUAUAGAUACUUGUAGAUAGUAAAAGAUUUAUCGGUAAUUAUGAUUUACCAGGUAGGAUUUUUCAAGCCCUGUUAUUUUUAUGCACAGUUUUACUAUGAUAGAAUUGUGAUAUAAUAGUAAUGAUCUUUAUUUCCCAAGACGUAACAACUAUGUGACAUACAACAUAAAAUACACAUAGUAUACAUAGAAUAGCAAAAGGUGUUGUGAAACAUAUUUCAUGCCAGACCUUAAUUUUUGUGCACAAAAUGUGAAGUUACCCAAAUUACAUAGCUCUUUUAGAUUAUUUGAACUCAUUUAUUGUAUGUAUUCAAUAAGUUUUUUUUCAAUAAUAAGGUUUAAGAUAUAGAUAGGUGUUAGAAAUCAAAGCCAUUUAAAUGCAGAAUAAAUGUUGCUGAACUUGUAAGUUAUUUAUGCUAUGCACUUCUUCUUUGUUUUAAUUAUCGAGUCAAGAUUUUUCAUAUUAGCAAACCAAUUAUGACCAGUUCUGAUGAACAGAUCUUUAAACUUUAAACCUCUGUAGCGGUGGGGGCAUUAAGUUUUACCCUUGUCUGUCUGUUCGUACGUACGUACGUACAACGUAUGUCCCAAAGUUGGUUUCCGUUCUCUAACUUAAGUUUGCCUCAACCAAAUGUUAUGAAACUUAUACACAAUGCUUAUUACCACAAAACACAGAUUAAAUUUGAAUUUAGGUGGCGUCACUUAAAUCGUUCUAGAGUUAUGCCCUUUACAAAUGGAAAUAUUGCUGAAUUUUUCGUUCUCUAACUUCAGUUUGCCUCAACCAAAUGUUAUGAAGCUUAUACACAAUGCUUAUUACCACAAAACACAGAUCAAGUUUGAAUUUUGGUGGCGUCACUUUAACCGUUCUAGAGUUAUGUCCCUUUACAAAUGGCUCAAUUUUUCGUUUCCCUUCUCUAACUUUAGUUUGUCUCAACCAAAUUUUAUGAAACUUAUACACAAUGCUUAUUACCACAAAACACAGCUCAAGUUUGAAUUUUGGUGGUGUCACUUUUACUGUUCUAGAGUUAUGCCCCUUUACAAACGGAAAAAUUGCUAAAUUUUUCGUUUCCGUUCUCUAACUUAAGUUUGCCUCAACCAAAUGUUAUGAAACUUAUACACAAUACUUAUUACCACAAAACUCAGAUCAAGUACAAAUUUGGGUAGUGUCACUUUUACCGUUCUUCAAUUAUGUCCCUUUAUAACUUUAUAAGAUAUGCAAGUGGGGGCAUCAUCUGUGUCCCAUGGACACAUUCCCCAUUUAUUUUUUCAUAUGAGGUAUGACUAGAAAGAUACAAUUGACAGAACAUUUAUGUUAAAUGCAUAUCUUUAUAAUAUGGACAUAAAUCAGUCAUAGUAUUAGCUUGUUGGCUAAUGAUAGGUGUAUGGCUGAUUCAUAUUUUUAUGGUGUAUAACAUGUACUAAUCUGUUCCAACUCCUUUUCAGAAGAUGUGAACCUUAUUCCCUCAAACAUAGACCAUUGACCCAUUUAAAGCUUUAUUUAAGUUAACUGCGAUGUUUUGUUGUAGAUGGCCUUAAGAACAAGUCUAAAGAAUAAGCCAUUGAUAUAUGACAAUCUUGUGAUAUAAUAUUGGGUCAAAUCUUUAUCAAUAUUUAUGAUUUAUUAAUAUGAACAAAGCAGAUAGCCAUUUUAUUAUAUAGAAGAAAUUUGGAAUAAUGAAAACUAGAUAAAUUUAAAUAUUGAAGUCUUCAUGAAUUUCUAAAUAUUGUUUGGUAAAUCGUAGACUCCUGAUAUCUUGGUUUUGGAUGAUAAUUUUAAAAGUACCUUGGGACCAAAUACUUUUGAAUUCAGGUGCCAUAAACCAUUGAAUACAGUGAAUACAGGUCAAGUUCUAAGUUUUAACAUUUAUGUGUUAGAGUUAUAGCCCUUAAUUGAACAAAAAUGCUGAUAUUGAUGAUUAUUGGAUGUUAACCAGAAUAUAACUAGAACAAAUAAUUUCAUACUUUUUUGGCAUUGUUAUGAACAGUUAAGUAUAGGUCAAGUGAAAGUUACAAUUUAACUGUUGUAAAGUAAGUGUCCAUGAUUGAAUAGAAAAUGUUGACAUUAAAGAUUAAAGGUUUCUGGAUGAUCACCAGAAAAUAUUGGCCUCGCUGCCCUUGCUGUUGUAACCAUUGUGGACAAAUAUGUCCCCAUUCCUCAAACCCUGGAUCUGCCCCUACUGAUGUCAAAUUCAUGAUGAUUGUCAGGUGAGAGAUAUAGGCUACUGUGAGACUUUAAUUGCUUAAUGUAGAAUUUCAACAUACAACAGAUUAUUGUUGCUGAUUUUGGAAAAUCACAUUUUUUUAAAGUGAUUUAAAGAUAAUUUUCCUCCCAAUGAGGAAAUCAGUUCUAUUGAAAAUCUAUAACAAUAAAUUAUUGUUAAAUAUAAUAAUGUAUUUUUUGUGAUAUUUUUAAUAAAAGGUUUUUUUAAACGGGAAAAAAA